AUGUCUGAGAAGCAUUUACAAACCGGUGAUGCCUUGCCACCGUAUGGUGGAAAACUUCGCCUGUUCGCUAUGAGGUUCUGUCCAUAUGCUGAGAGGACUGUGCUAGUAAUGAAUGCGAAGAAUUUGCAAUAUGAUACAGUUUUCGUGAAUUUGGAUCACAAACCGGAAUGGCUUCUCAACUACAGCCCUAAAGGAACUGUACCAGCUCUUGAGUAUGAGGAGGGCAAAGGAAUCUUCGACAGCAACAUCAUCAAUGUCUACUUGGAUGAGAAGUACCCAGAUGUACCACUGCAGUCAACUGACCCACUACGCAGGGCUGAAGACAAAAUUAUUGUGGAACUGUUUGCUGGAGUCCAAUCAGCAUUCUACACUGCUGCAUACAAUUCACAAGCUCUGCAGCCCAACAUGGUAGAGACAUACCACAAGGGUUUAGUAGCUCUUCAGGACACACUGAGGGCGCGUGGCACCAAGUUCUUACAUGGAGAAACUCCUGGACUAGUAGACUUCACUCUGUUCCCAUUCUUGGAGCGCUUUGAAGCUCUGCCGCUGGUCGGCAAACCUGAAUUCGAGCUGGUCAAGUCCAAAUAUGAACUAUUGGUGAACUACAUUGAAGCUAUGAAGAUCGUGCCUGCAGUGAAGCUGUACUACCUGUCUCCGGAGACUCACGCCAAGUUCAUCGAGUCCCGCAACAAGGGCGACGCUAACUACAACAUGUUGGACACCAGCGGAGUAUGCUGCAUGCGCCCAAGGAAGAAGAAGGAAUAA